AUGACUCGCUAUUUAUUAUUUUUACUACUGGUUUCCACUGUCAAUGCGGGUUGCCAACAAGAGGAAAAUUGUUUGUCUCCGAAUUGCUACUGCAGCAGCAAAUGGUUUCCAAAAAUGAACGUUACAGAUAUACCCCAGAUGGUAUACUUCGGGUUCGACGAUGCAGUUAAUUCCUUAAUUAACGAAUAUUAUGAUGAAAUAUUCACCAAUAACCGUAAUAAUCCCAAUGGCUGCCCUAUCACGAUGUCUCUUUAUGUAUCUGAUCUUUAUACAGACUACAAAUUGGUCAAAAAAUACUAUGAUGCUGGUCAUGAAAUUGGUGUUCAUGGUGUUAAUGACAAGAGAAUAGAUACUGCUGCACAUCUUUCAGAAGAGGCCAAACAACAAAGAGACAACUUAAUUAAACAUGCGGAAGUCAAGACAGACGAUAUAGUUGGAUGGCGAAGUCCGUUUUUAACUUCAGCAGGUGAGGAACAACCUCGAAUAUUAAACAAUCUGGGGUUUAAAUAUGAUAUAACGGUUACUUACGAUGGAAGCCCUCCCAAUGACAUUAUUUGGCCUUCUACAUUAGACUACCCUUGGCCCUAUACUUGUUUCUUAAACUGUCCGCGCAAAACAGUUAAAGGAUUCUGGCUUGUUCCUGUCAUUCCUUUGCAGGGUAAAAAUAAUAACUAUAAAUGCACGUAUGUUGACGGUGUUUACAUCAACCCAACAAUGAAACGGAAGCUUUUGAUUACCUUUGGAAUAAUUUCAAUGCCUAUUAUACGAGUUCUCGUGCCCCAUUCGGCCUCAAUAUGCAUGCGGCAUGGUUUGCUUAUUCGCCUUACAAAGUUUCUGCAGUGA